UCCGGACGCGCAAGAGUUAAAAAACGAUAUUUUCUCCUCCCGUUCGCUAGGAAGUGGGAGGUAGGGAAUGGAAACGUUAGACAAGCGGUCUCGGGAGUAAACAGCAUAUUUCCCUGAAUCGGGCAACAGAGAAGAACCUGUGCGUCUGUGGGGAAUCGGCUCCAGCACCUGCUUUUUUUCCUGAAAAGAACUGAACGGAACCAGGGUCGCAAAUAAUUUCCAGGAUAAUCGAGGAAGAUACAGCAUAACCGGUUUCCGUAUAAUCAUGCAGUAUCCACCGUGGCUGUGUGCGUAACAUCAAACGUGGAAGUAUAGACUUUUUCGAAUUGAUUUUUCUCAGGGGAAAAAAAGAAUUAUUUAUUUUUGCUGACCAGAUGUAAUAAUAAUAUGCUUUCUCCUUUGCCAACGCGGAAAAUGGAUUCACGUGUAAUUUAUAUUUUCAAGGUGUGACUAUUUAUUAAACCAAAACCAGAAUGCCUUGAAACGGAACAUGUAGCCUACUCUUAAAUGGAAAGCAAAAAUAAAUACAUUCUCGUCGGCGGAAAGUGGAUUUUGAAAUGUUUAACUAGCCAUGUGAGAAAUUUCGGCGAUUAUUACAUUAUACUUUACUAAAGAUAACCAAAUCAUUACAAAUAUCAGGUUCACUGUAAAAAUAGUGCAGAUAAUCUAUAGAUUAAGUGAAAAAUGUAAUAUAUAUUCAAUAAUUAGGUUAAUCGUAGUCCAGACUCGAGCACUAACUCCUCAAAAUUGUGCAAUGGUAGGAGCGAUAGAAUAUAGCCUAACAGGAAACAGAAAGUCGCAGAAAACCUCAAGUAAAAUGAUGUCAAAAUAAGGACACAGAAACGGAGAUGUCACCGUACCAGAUCGUUUUGGAUGCGCUAAAAAGAUGGAGAUGUACAGAUUUUCCCGAGCAAUUCUAACGUGCCCGCGUACACAGAAUUAUUGCAUUUAAUAGUUAUCGAAAGAAAUAUAAUUACGUUCGUUAUAUGGAGAAUGACUAAACACGGCGGAGAAGAGUAUCUGCGUUAGUUUGGAGUUCCUCUGGCAUUCGGUGGCGAUCGGGACGUAAUCCUUUUGGCGGAGUUGCUCUCUCAGCAGUAGCCAGUAUGUCCGUGUUUGCGCUCUGCCGUCUUGACUCGGCUUGAACGGCAGGGCUGGGCCACUUCGCCGAAGCCGGGCGGCCGGUGCAUGCCGCAGAGUCGCUCGGGAACCUUGCUGUGAAGGGUGGGUCCCUGGACCAUCGUUCCCGUCUCACGGCAUGGAUGACUCGGGGAUUAUUCGGCGACGGCGGCUUCAGAAGGAGCUCCCCCUCCCCCGGAAGAGCAGCAGCUGCCGCACCAGUAACAGGAAGAGCCUGAUCCUGACCAGCACCUCGCCCACGCUGCCCCGCCCACAUUCCCCGCUGCCGGGCCACAUCGGAAGCAGCCCCCUGGACAGCCCCCGGAACUUUUCGCCCAGCGCCCCGGCUCACUUCUCCUUCGCCUCGUCCAGAAGGGCGGAUGGUCGACGCUGGUCUCUGGCCUCGCUGCCCUCCUCGGGAUAUGGGACCAAUACCCCCAGCUCUACGUAUCUCUGCCGUUGUCUGACCCCCCCGGCUGUAUCCUCCUCCCAGGAGCGGCUGCACCAGCUCCCCUCCCAGCCCACCAUGGACGAGCUGCACUUCCUGUCCAAGCACUUCGGCAGCACGGAGAGCAUCACGGACGAUGACGGGGGGCGGCGCUCGCCGCACGUGCGCCCCCGCUCCCGCAGCCUCAGCCCGGGACGGUCGCCCUCCUGCUAUGACAAUGAGAUCGUCAUGAUGAAUCAUGUCUACAAGGAGCGAUUCCCCAAGGCCACGGCUCAGAUGGAGGAGCGUCUGGCCGAGUUCAUCCAGGCCUUCUCACCGGAGAACGUGCUGCCUCUGGCUGACGGGGUCCUCAGCUUCAUCCACCACCAGAUCGCCGAGCUGUCCCGCGACUGCCUGACGAAAGCGCGCGACGGCCUCAUCACCUCCGUCUACUUCCUGGAGCUGCAGGAGAACUUAGAGAAGCUGCUUCAGGAUGCGUACGAGCGUUCGGAGAGCUCUGAGGUGGCAUUCGUCACUGAGCUGGUGAAGAAACUCCUCAUCAUCAUCUCCCGCCCCGCCAGGCUGCUGGAAUGCUUGGAGUUCAACCCGGAGGAGUUCUACCAUCUCCUGGAGGCGGCGGAGGACCACGCCAAGGAGGGCCACUUGAUGAAGACGGACAUCCCCCGCUACAUCAUCAGCCAGCUGGGCCUCACCAGGGACCUGCUGGAGGAAAUGGUGAACCUUGACAGCUACGACAGCGAAGGACCCCACACCCCAGAGACAGAUGACUCUGCGGAGGGCAAACUGCGAGCCAAGAAACCACCCACCGAAGCUGACUUCCAGACUAUCAAGCUGAUCAGUAACGGGGCAUAUGGGGCGGUGUACUUGGUGAGGCACAGGGAGACACGUCAGCGUUUUGCCAUGAAGAAGAUCAACAAGCAGAACCUGAUCCUGAGGAACCAGAUCCAGCAGGCCUUCGUGGAGCGGGACAUUCUGACCUUUGCCGAGAACCCCUUCGUAGUCAGCAUGUUCUGCUCCUUCGAGACUCGCCGGCACCUCUGCAUGGUCAUGGAGUACGUGGAAGGAGGAGACUGUGCUACCCUCCUUAAGAACAUCGGGGCCCUGCCUGUAGAGAUGGCCCGCAUGUACUUCGCUGAGACGGUCCUGGCCCUGGAGUAUUUGCAUAACUAUGGGAUUGUUCACCGUGACCUCAAGCCUGACAACCUGUUGAUCACUUCCAUGGGACACAUCAAGCUGACUGACUUCGGCCUGUCAAAAAUGGGUCUGAUGAGCCUGACCACAAACCUAUAUGAGGGUCACAUUGAGAAGGAUGCCCGUGAAUUCCUGGACAAGCAGGUGUGCGGCACCCCGGAGUACAUUGCCCCCGAGGUGAUCCUGCGGCAGGGCUACGGCAAACCCGUGGACUGGUGGGCCAUGGGCAUCAUCCUGUACGAGUUCCUGGUGGGCUGCGUGCCCUUCUUCGGCGACACGCCUGAGGAGCUCUUUGGACAGGUCAUCACAGAUGAUAUUGUCUGGCCAGAGGGUGAUGAAGCGCUCCCUGUAGACGCCCAGAGCCUGAUCUCCAGUCUGCUGCAGACCAACCCCCUGCUGCGUCUGUGCACAGGGGGCGCCCAUGAAGUGAAGCAGCAUGCCUUCUUCUCUGAGCUGGACUGGAACAGCCUGCUGAGGCAGAAGGCUGAGUUCAUCCCCAACCUGGAGUCCGAGGAGGACACCAGCUACUUCGACACACGCUCAGAGCGCUACCACCACAUCAACUCCUAUGACGAGGACGACACGAACGACGACGACGAACCUGUGGAGAUACGGCAGUUUUCCUCCUGCUCGCCACGCUUCAGCAAGGUGUACAGCAGCAUGGAGCAACUGUCACAACUGGAGCAGAAGCCGACCACUGUCACAAGGAGGGAACACAAGGGCCCCAAGGAGGACAAAGUCAUCAAGAGGGAGAGCAUGGGUAGCCUCACCAUGCGGGACAAGAGCUGGCGGACGGGCUCCCCGGAGAUGAAGCGCCUAUCCUGCUCCGAGUCCCUGUACAUGGAAGGAGAUUCCAGCCCCCCCCUGGGAGCCCGCAGGCGGUUCUCCGCCCUGAUGGACACACAUCGGUUUGCGUCCCCCUUAGAAGCCGACUCGGAGAUCCCAGCCCGGCAACCGCCCAUCAAAGCCAGGGGAAUGUCAUUGGAGGGGACGACGGUCCCGCCCCCAGCACAGGUGGAACCGAAGCACACCCUGAAGGAGGGGGCGGAGCCUGCUGCAGGAGAAAAACCAGCAAAGCCCAGCGAGAUGGUUGCAGAAACUCCCACUCCCCCCGUUGCUGGUGCUGUGGGUGUCAUCAAAGAGGCAGAGACUGUGGACGCUCACGGGCCCCGGGCCACCAAUGACCUGGUUCUGCGCCGGGUACGGCACCAACAGCUGUCCACCGAGGGGGAGAAGCGCAGCUCCAGACCUGGGACCAAGGUCAUAAAGUCAGCCUCGGCCACCGCUCUGUCUGUCAUCAUCCCUGCAGUGGAGCAGCAUGUGAGCUCCCCGCUCGCCAGCCCUAUGUCACCCCGCUCACUUUCCUCUAACCCCUCCUCACGAGACUCCUCCCCCAGCCGCGACUACUCCCCCGCGGUCAGCAUGUUGCGCUCACCAAUCACCAUCCACCGUUCUGGCAAGAAGUACGGCUUCACCCUACGCGCCAUCCGCGUCUACAUGGGUGACAGCGAUGUCUACAGCGUGCACCACAUUGUCUGGCACGUGGAAGAGGGAGGCCCCGCCCACGAAGCUGGGCUGUGUGCCGGUGACCUCAUAACCCAUGUGAACGGGGAGCCUGUCCACGGAUUGGUCCAUACAGAAGUAGUAGAACUCAUAUUGAAGAGUGGGACAAAGGUGACAGUGACCACCACACCCUUUGAGAACACCUCCAUCAAAGUCGGCCCGGCACGCAAGUCCAGCUACAAGUCCAAGAUGGCUCGUCGCAACAAGAGGACUGUUGGCAAGGAAGGGCAAGAGAGCAAGAAACGAAGUUCCCUGUUCCGGAAAAUCACCAAGCAGGCCAACCUGCUGCACACCAGCCGCAGCCUGACCUCCCUCAACCGCUCGCUGUCGUCUAGUGAGAGCCUCCCCGGCUCACCCACCCACAGUCUCUCCGCCCGCUCCCCGACCCAAAGCUAUCGCUCCACCCCCGACUCUUCUCACCUUGGGGCCUCAUCCCAGAGUAGCUCCCCAGCCUCCAGCACUCCCAACUCACCAGCGGCGUCCCAGCACAUGAGGCCCAGCUCCCUGCACGGCCUGUCCCCCAAACUGCACCGGCAGUACCGCUCGGCGCGCUGCAAGUCCGCCGGCAACAUCCCACUGUCGCCACUGGCUCACACGCCCUCACCGACCCAGUCCUCGCCGCCACCGCUGCCCGGACACACGGUCGGCAGCUCCAACACCACACAGGCCUUCCCCGCGAAGCUGCACUCCUCGCCGCCCGUGGUGCGACCGAGGCCCAAAAGUGCCGAACCUCCCCGGUCCCCAUUACUGAAGCGCGUGCAGUCGGCCGAAAAGCUAGGCUCACCCCUCACCUCCACACAGGACAAGAAGGUGGGCGGCGGGGCCGGCAGUGGCAUGAUCCGGAAGCACAGUCUAGAAGUAUCCCACCCGGACUACCGCAAGGAGCCUUUCCACAGUGAGCUGGGCCUGCAGAGCCUGCUGGAGACUGAGGGGGAGAACCUCCCGCCCCACACCUGCUCCUCACCUACUGCUGGUGAGACUGGAACCCUUAAGCCGGUGAGGAAGCUGGGGAGGCAGGAGUCUCCCCUCAGCCGGGAUGCUCUGUUGGCCUGUAGGGAGAAGCACUCGGAAGCCGGAGAGGGGAGCAGCGGGGGGCUGGGGGUGCUUCAUGAGAAAUCGCCAACUAAAACCGAGGCGCCCGAGGAGCCGCUGGCAGCUCCUAAACUUCCGUCGAGUGACAUCGCCAGACCGAAACCUGCAGCAGCAGCAGCAGUGACGGAGGAAACCCAACCCUCAUCUGCCUCAUCGCUGCCGCAAAAGUCCACCCCAACUGGCACAUCUCCUGCUAUAAAGGCGCCCACAGUGGAUCUACUGAGUUCAAGUUAUGAGGCAAAGGCACCAGAAAAGCUUCUGGCACUGGGAGAGGCCCAGAGCCUGGCUGACCGAGGUGCCAAACAGCAGGCCCCCCAGACAGAGAAAAGCUGCACUCAAAAAGCCCAGGAUAAAGAUGGGCAAAAAAUCUCACUGCAAGGGUGUGACAGGAAACUGAUGUGUCUAAAGGGGGAACGAGAAGAAAAGAGCAGUCUGGGACUACAGAAGGAUACAGCAAUGGUCACAGAAAUGACCAAGCUGUGCAAAACAACAGAAACUGAAGACAGCAUUAAACUAGAGCAACUUAGCGGAACCGAUAAACCUCCUGAAACAAGAGAGAAGGGCCUUGAAGGUUUAUCUCAAUGCCAAUCAUUGGUUUUGGGAUCAUCACAGACUGCAGGCUCAUCGACAACUUCAGGACCAUCACAGACUGCCGGCUCAUCGUCAACUGCAGGAUCAUCACAGACUGCAGGUUCAUCGUCAACUGCAGGAUCAUCACAGACUGCAGGCUCAUCAUCAACUGCAGGAUCAUCACAGACUGCAGGCUCAUCGUCAACUGCAGGAUCAUCACAGACNAUCAACUGCAGGAUCAUCACAGACUGCAGGCUCAUCGUCAACUGCAGGAUCAUCACAGACUGCAGGAUCAUUAUCAGCUCCAGGACCAUCACAGACUGCUGGCUCAUUGUCAACUGCAGGAUCAUCACAGACUGCAGGCUCAUCAUCAACUGCAGGGUCAUCACAGACUGCAGGCUCAGCAUCAACUACAGGAUUAUCACAAACUACAGGAUCAUUAUCAGUUCCAGGACCACCACAGGCUGCAGCACCAUCAUCAACUGCAGGGUCAUCACAGACUGCAGUCUCAUCAUCAACUGCAGGAUCAUCACAGACUGCAGGACCAUCAUCAACUGCAGGAUCAUCACAGACUGCAGGAUCAUUAUCAACUGCAGGAUCACCACAGACUGCAGGAUCAUUAUCAGUUCCAGGAUCAUCACACACUGCAGGCUCAUCAUCAACUGCAGGGUCAUCCCAGACUGCAGGCUCAUCAUCAACUGCAGGAUCAUCACAGACUGCAGGCUCAUCAUCAACUGCAGGAUCAUCACAGUCUGCAGGCUCAUCAUCAGCUGCAGGAUCAUCACAGACUGCAGGCUCAUCAUCAGCUCCAGGACCAUCACAGUUUCCAAGCUUUUUACCUGCACGUGGAUCAUCACAGAUUACAGGCUUAUCAGCAGCAGCAGGACUAUCACAAUUCGCAGGCUUAUCACCUGUACGUGUAUCAUCACAAACUGCCUCAAGAUCAUCACAGACUGCAGGCUCAUCAACUUCAGGAUCAUCACAGACCCCAAGCUCAUCACCUGCACGUGGAUUUCCACAGUCUUCUUCAGGACCAUCCAAAGCCACAGGCCUAUCUCCUGCACGUGGAUCAUCACAGACUUUUUCAGGAUCACCACAGACUACAAGUUUAUCAUUAGCUCCUGGAGCAACACAGGUUGUAAGCUCAUCACUGGUUCUAGGAACAUCACACAGAACAGGCUCAGCUCCUCCCACCACUUCACAGAUUCUGGGUUCAGCCUCAGCUGUAGGGAAGCCACAGGCUCCAGGGUCAUCAUCAGUUGUAGGCCAGCCACUUGUGGUGGACAAGCCACCAGGUCCAAGUUCAACAACAGCUGUACGCCAGUCAGCAACCCCAGGGACGUCGCUGGCUGCAGUCCGACCGAUGGCUUCAGCUUCCUCCUCAACUUCAGGGACUUCAUUUUUCCCUUCUUUAGCUUCAUUGCCAUCUCAAGCCCCAGCAUCAUCUCGAACUUCAUUGAUGACUAAACCCAGACAGGGCAAAGGUUUGGCUCCGGUGAACUGUUAUCGAGGGGCUUUGGGGUGGGAGGAGAAGGGUCCCCUGGAGGUGGUGGAAGAACAUCCAUCUACUCCUACCCAGUCCCCUACCGCUGCCUCACCUAGUUCCAGAUCU